GGAAACGAGGACAAAAUGGUUCCUGGUUUUGGUCAUGGAACCUGGAUAGGAAAAGGAUCCCAAGCGUUGAAUGAUACACCAGAUAUGAGCCUGAUACAUGAAAGAAGAGUGAAACGGGCAGAUGAACUGAGGAAUGAUGACACUGUUCACAAGUUUGAGAAGGCAGCCAUUGCACGUUCCAGAUCUCUCCAUUCUCCACCACUAGGAAAUUACACCAUCUGGAAAAAUGAAUACCAGAUUGGCAACAACUUUGAAGACAUGUUACGUCUCAUGCAAGAUCAAAUCAUUAUGGCACGAGUUUACAGUGGUCUUGCAAGGAUGACAAACAAUCUCGCAUUGCACGAAGAACUAGAAACACAACUAGCCAAAAUAGCAUUGGAGGAAGAAUCAAGUGAUACUGAUCAACUACAGAGAGUUCUUGAUACUAUAAGAGACUUGGGACAAAUACUGGCUAGGGCAAACGAGCAGCUAUAUGGAUGCAAGUUGGUGACGAAUAAGCUGAGAGCAAUGAUACAAAUAGCUGAAGAAGAACUCGAAAGCACGCAAACUUAUACAACAUUCUUGACUCAGCUGGCUUCUAAAGCAAUACCAGAUGCUAUCCACUGCUUGACCAUGCGCUUGGCUCUAGAGUAUUACCUCCUGCCUUUACCUAUGAGAAAUUUCCCAAGAAGGGAGAAUUUGGAGAAUCCAAAGCUUUACCACUACACUCUCUUCUCUGAUAAUGUAUUGGCUGCAUCAGUUGUCGUCAAUUCCACAGUCAUGAAUGCACAGGAUCCUUCAAGACAUGUUUUCCACCUUGUGACUGAUAAACUCAAUUUUGGAGCAAUGAGUAUGUGGUUUCUGCUAAACCCUCCUGGAGACGCGACCAUCCAUGUCCAAAGGUUGGAAGAUUUUGCUUGGCUCAACUCAUCUUACUCCCCAGUUUUGAGACAGCUCGAGUCAGCAGCUAUGAAGAAGUUCUAUUUUAAGACAGAUAGAUCUGAAUCAGCUGAAUCAGGCUCAGAAAACCUCAAGUACCGGUACCCGAAAUACAUGUCAAUGCUUAACCACUUGAGGUUCUAUAUCCCGAAGAUCUUCCCAAAGUUAGAGAAAAUCUUGUUCCUUGAUGAUGAUGUGGUUGUUCAGAAGGAUUUAACGCCACUGUGGUCCAUAGAUCUCAAAGGGAAAGUGAAUGGUGCAGUAGAAACCUGUGGUGUCACCUUCCAUCGCCUUGAUACUUACUUAAACUUCAGUGAUAAACACAUUGCAGAAAACUUCGAUCCGAAGUACUGUGCAUGGGCUUAUGGGAUGAACAUCUUUGACCUGAAAGAGUGGAGAAAGAGCAACAUUACAGAAACUUAUCACUUUUGGCAAGACAUGAACGAAAACCGGACUUUAUGGAAGCUUGGAACAUUGCCACCAGGGCUGAUCACGUUCUACAAUAUGACACUACCGCUUCAGAGAAAAUGGCACUUACUUGGACUGGGUUAUGAUAAAGGAAUCGAUGUCAAGAAGAUUGAAAGAUCAGCUGUUAUACAUUUCAAUGGACACAUGAAACCAUGGACAGAGAUGGGGAUAAGCAAGUAUCAGCCAUACUGGACAAAGUAUAUCAAUUUUGAUCAUCCUUUCAUCCUUAGUUGCAGGCUGUUCGAAUGA